AUGAGAACAUUGGAGACUCACAAUCUGAAAGCCCUCUGUGCUGCGCUUAAUCCUUCUUCCUCCCUCUGUGUGCAGCUUCGCUUCGGUGUGCUCAUGGUUGUGCUCGGUGUGCUCAUGCUUGUGGUGAUCACUGGCCGCAGCCCUCGGCCGUGCUUUGGUGUGCUCAUGCUUGUGGUGAUCACUGGUCGCAGCCCUCGCUCUGCCGACGGUGACAAGAAGGGGCACAUUCUGCGAUGGGUGGAGGAUCAAAUCUCCUCCGGCAACCUGGCCUCCCUCAAGGACGUGAGCAUGGACGCCCCGGAUGAUGCUGUGCUGCGCCUGGCCCAGCUGGCUAUGCGAUGCACCGUGGAGCGCACUGCAGGCCGGCCCAACAUGACAGGCGUUGCAAAUGAGCUGCAGGGAAUCAGGCAGGAGGUGGUGGGGAAGGAGGAGCUGAGUUCAGCGAUCAAGGUGGAUCUGUUAGCGCAGGAGAUGCGGACCGGGACGUCUUUCCCGAAUGACUUGGCAGAGGAGUUGCGAGUGAUUAAGAGCAUGGAUGAAGAGACCUCCAAUACAGGACUCCAAGGGAUUGAGUACAGCUCAUUUGGUUCUGGUCGCAUGUGA